AUGUCGAACCAAGACCAACACCGCGAUGUAUCCCAGUAUAAGUACUCGGCCAUGUCCAACCUGGUCCUCCAGGCGGACCGUCGUUUUGUUUCAAGACGAAAUGAUGAGGCCACGGGCGAUCCCGAGUCUCUCGCUGGAAAGCUGAGCAUUCGCGACAUGGGAGCUCGCGUCGCUCGCGAAAUCGCACCGAAACAAAAGAAGUCGACUGGCCUUACCGGCGUGGAACGCGGUAGCUUACAGGAGGGCGAGGACGUGCUAGCUCGCGAGCAGAAGAAGAAGGGCGAAAAGGCACAGCCGAGAGGUGCUGGUGUCCUGGGAACUGGAGACCUGUUCGUCGAGGGCAUCCGAUACCGCCCGCGCACACCGGCAACACGGGCGACGUUCGAAUUGAUACUGAAGAUCGUUUCUGACAAUCUUGGCGAUGUCCCCCAAACUGCCGUGAUCAGCGCCGCCGACGUGACUUUGGAGUUCCUGAAGGACGACGACUUGAAAGACACAGAGAAAAAGAGGGAAAUUGACGAUCUUUUGGGUGUCUCAAUGAGCGCGAAGGAAUUCAACGAGCUCGUAAAUCUCGGAAAGAAAGUCACAGACUACGACGCGCAAGACGAGGAUGAGGAUAUGGACGACAAUGCAGAAGACGCCGACGGAGCCGAAUUAGACGAAAGACAGGGUGUCGCAGUCGUUUUCGAAGAUUCCGAUGAUGAGGAAGGAGGCAUUGUGAAUGAAGUCAGGGAAGAGUCCUCCGAGGACGAGGAAGCGGACGAGGAUGAGGACGAACCCGCCGCCGACGCAAACGAUGCGAUGGACAUGGAAGACGACGCCAUGGUCAUCGAUUCAGCCCCUCGGAAGCAAGCACAGGAAUCAAAGCAGGCAAAGAGUGUCUCUGCUCGAGACAUCGAUGCAUUUUGGCUGCAGCGACAGAUCGGAAAGCUCUAUGCGGAUUCCCACGAACAGCACGACAAGACGACCGACGCUUUGCGCAUUCUUUCCGGCGAACCUGAUGAGCAGGGCGGAGAGGACAAGUCACUCAGAGAGAUCGAGAACGACCUCAUGGAGCUUUUCGACUACGAGCAUCACGAAUUAGUCCAACUCCUUAUUGAGAACAGGGAGAAGGUGGUUUGGCUCACUCGUCAUUCAAGGGCUGAGACGGAUGAAGAGCGAGCUGUGGUGGAGCGCGAAAUGGCUUCCGAAGGUCUGCAGUGGAUUCUUAAUGAGAAAUUUGGAAAGAAGGGCGACGACCAAAAAGGACGGAAGAUGGAAAUCAAGAUGGACCUUGAUGCCCCAUCAUCACUCACAAAUGCUCCCCCCGCAGAAGACGAGCGCCCCCAGGGAUUGGUGGGUGGUUUGCAACCGCGCAAGCUCAUCAACCUGGAGAACUUGGUCUUCGACCAGGGCAAUCAUCUCAUGAGCAACCCCAAGGUCAGGUUGCCGGAGGGGUCAACAAAACGAACUUUCAAGGGAUACGAAGAAAUCCACGUGCCCCCUCCCAAGAAGCGCAGUGAUGCCAGCGACACACUCGUUCCCAUAACCGAAAUGCCAGAAUGGUCCCGCCUACCCUUCGGUACCACCAAAUCCCUCAACAAGAUCCAGUCGAAGUGCUACCCAACAGCCUUUGGCGACGAUGGCAACAUGCUGAUUUGUGCACCCACUGGUAGUGGAAAGACAAAUGUGGCAAUGCUUACAAUUCUUCGAGAAAUCGGCAAGAACCGCAAUCCUGAGACUGGCGACAUCGAGCUGGAUAACUUCAAAAUCGUGUACAUUGCGCCCUUGAAGGCGUUGGUACAGGAACAAGUUGGCAACUUUGGAAAGCGACUUGAACCCUAUGGUGUCAAGGUCUCUGAGUUGACUGGUGACCGUCAGCUUACCAAGGCUCAAAUCGCCGAGACCCAGAUCAUUGUCACUACUCCUGAGAAGUGGGACGUCAUCACGAGAAAGGCUACCGAUCUCUCUUACACAAACCUAGUGCGCUUGGUUAUCAUCGACGAGAUCCACUUGCUCCACGACGACCGUGGUCCUGUUCUGGAGAGCAUCGUCAGCAGAACUAUCAGGAAGACUGAGCAGACUGGCGAGCCCGUCCGUCUGGUUGGUUUGUCUGCGACACUGCCAAACUACAAGGAUGUUGCUAGCUUCUUGCGUGUGGAUAUCAGCACUGGUCUCUUCCACUUUGAUGGUAGUUUCCGUCCCUGCCCCUUGCGCCAAGAAUUCAUUGGAGUCACGGAUCGCAAGGCCAUCAAGCAGCUGAAGACCAUGAACGAUGUCACAUACAACAAGGUCAUUGAGCAUGUAGGAGCGAAGGGAAAUCAGAUGCUCAUAUUCGUUCACUCACGAAAGGAGACUGCCAAGACUGCGCGCUACAUUCGUGAUAAGGCUCUAGAGAUGGACACUAUCAAUCAGAUUCUUCGUCACGAUGCAGGAAGUCGCGAGGUGCUCAACGAAGCGGCCAGCCAAGCCACCGACAAGGACCUCAAGGAUAUCCUUCCUUACGGUUUCGGUAUUCAUCAUGCUGGUAUGAACCGCAUCGAUCGUACAGAUGUUGAGGACCUCUUCGCCCGUGGCGCUAUUCAAGUCCUUGUCUGUACCGCGACCCUUGCUUGGGGUGUCAACCUGCCAGCGCAUACCGUCAUUAUCAAAGGCACUUCAGUAUACUCUCCAGAGAAAGGUAGCUGGGUUGAGCUCAGCCCCCAGGACGUCCUGCAGAUGCUUGGACGUGCCGGGCGUCCACAAUACGAUACCUAUGGCGAGGGCAUCAUCAUCACAACCCAGAACGAGAUCCAGUACUACUUGUCGCUCCUCAAUCAACAAUUACCAAUCGAGAGUCAAUUCGUCAGUAAGCUCGUGGACAACUUGAACGCCGAGAUUGUGCUCGGCAACGUCCGCAGUAGAGACGAGGGUGUCGAAUGGCUUGGCUACACCUACUUGUUCGUUCGUAUGCUACGUUCGCCCGGCCUCUACCAAGUUGGCGCGGAAUACGAAGAUGAUGAGGCUUUGGAACAAAAACGAGUUGAUUUGAUUCAUUCUGCUGCUUCAGUACUAAGGAAGUCAAAUCUUAUCAAAUACGAUGAGAAGACCGGCAAGCUCCAGUCAACGGAGUUGGGGCGUAUCGCUUCCCACUACUACAUCACACAUGGCUCUAUGGAGACUUACAACAACCUGAUUCAACCCUCAAUCACAACCAUUGAGCUGUUCAGAGUAUUCUCUCUGAGUGCAGAGUUCAAGUACAUCCCCGUGCGUCAGGAUGAAAAGCUUGAGCUUGCCAAGUUGUUGGGCAGAGUUCCGAUCCCAGUUAAGGAGAGCAUCGAGGAGCCUCACGCGAAGAUCAACGUGUUGCUGCAAGCCUACAUCUCACGACUUAAGUUGGACGGUCUAGCCCUUAUGGCUGAUAUGGUCUACGUCACUCAAUCCGCUGGUCGUAUUCUCCGCGCCAUCUUCGAAAUUACCAUGAAGAAGGGAUGGGCGUCUGUGGCCAAGACCGCCUUGGAUCUUUGCAAGAUGGCAGAGAAGCGCAUGUGGCCAACCAUGUCACCACUUCGUCAGUUCCCCAACUGCCCUAGAGACAUUGUGCAGAAGUCGGAGAGAAUCGAAGUGUCUUGGAGCAACUACUUCGACCUCGAUCCUCCUCGAAUGGGAGAAUUGCUUGGCAUGCCCAAGGCCGGCAGAACUGUCUGUGGCUUGGUUGCCAAGUUCCCCAGAGUGGAGGUUCAGGCUCAAGUUCAGCCACUUACGAGAUCCAUGCUUCGAGUCGAGUUGAGCAUCGCUCCCAACUUUGAGUGGGAUGUCGAAAUCCACGGCCCAGCGGAAAGUUUCUGGAUCUUCGUCGAGGAUUGUGAUGGAGAGGAUAUCCUCUUCAGUGACCAAUUCUUGCUGCGCAAGGAGUACGCCGAGUCUGAGUCGAACGAGCACAUUGUCGACUUCACCGUGCCGAUCACAGAGCCAAUGCCCCCGAACUACUUUAUCUCAGUUGUGUCUGAUCGCUGGAUGCAUUCCGAAACAAGAUUGCCAGUAUCAUUCCACAAGCUGAUUCUUCCCGAGAGGUUUCCUCCCCACACUGAGCUCCUUGAGCUUCAGCCUUUGCCUGUUGCGGCGCUGAAGGCCAAAGAGUAUGCCAAAUUGUACCCUGACUGGGACCACUUCAACCGCAUCCAGACGCAAACUUUCAACUCGCUGUACAACACCGAUCAGAAUGUGUUCGUGGGUGCGCCGACGGGAAGUGGCAAGACGGUAUGCGCAGAGUUUUCUCUACUGCGACACUGGUCUAAGGCAGACGCUGGACGUGUAGUCUACAUCGCACCCUUCCAGGAGCUGAUCGACUCACGCCUUGAUGACUGGCAGAAGAGGCUUGGCGGUCUCCGGGGUGGAAAGACUAUCGAGAAGCUCACGGGAGAAACCACUACCGACUUGAAGAUUCUGGAGCGUAGCGACCUGAUUCUUGCGACUCCCAUCCAAUGGGAUGUAUUGUCCCGCCAGUGGAAGCGCAGGAAGAACGUUUCCACUGUCGAGCUUUUCAUUGCAGAUGAGGUUCAUCUGCUCGGAAACAACAUGGGAUAUGUCUACGAAAUCAUCAUUUCGCGAAUGCACUACAUCCGAACCCAGACUGAGCUUCCAAUGAGAAUUAUCGCGCUUGGUGUUUCCCUUGCCAACGCCCGCGACCUCGGCGAGUGGAUCGACGCGAAGAAGCACGAUAUCUACAACUUCAGCCCGCACGUCCGCCCUGUACCCCUCGAACUUCACAUCCAAUCUUACACCAAUCCUCACUUCCCUUCACUGAUGCUGUCUAUGGCGAAGCCGACUUACUUGGCCAUCACGCAGAUGUCCGCUGACAAACCCGCUAUUGUGUUUGUUCCGAGUCGGAAGCAAACACGAGCGACCACGCGUGAUCUGCUGACAGCUGCCUUCAUGGAUGAUGACGAAGACCGUUUCCUGCACGCUGAGGUGGAGCAGAUGCGCCCUCUUCUUGAUCGCAUUUCCGAAGAAGCACUCGCCGAGUCUCUUUCUCACGGCGUGGGAUACUACCACGAGGCUUUGAGUCAGAGCGACAAGCGUAUCGUCAAGCACCUGUACGAGCAUGGAGCUAUUCAGGUGCUUGUUGCUUCUCGUGACGUUUGCUGGGAGCUCAACAGCACUGCCCACCUCGUCAUCGUCAUGGGCACGCAAUAUUUCGAGGGUCGCGAGCAUCGCUAUGUCGAUUACUCCCUAAGCGAAGUCUUGCACAUGUUCGGCAAGGCACUCCGACCUUCCAAGGACGGCAGAGGCCGGGGCGUUCUUAUGCUUCCGUCAGCCAAGAGAGAAUUCUACAAGAAGUUUUUGAAUGAGGCUCUCCCUGUCGAGUCACAUCUCCACAACUACCUUCACGAUGCCUUUGUCACCGAGAUCAGCACGAAGAUGAUCGAGUCUGGUGAUGAUGCCAUCAACUGGACGACGUUCACCUACUUCUACAGGCGUCUCCUGGCCAACCCCAGCUUCUACAGCUUGACCAGCACUACGCAGGAUGGUCUCAGCGACUACAUGUCGGAUCUCAUCCAGACCACCCUGCAAGAGCUGAGCGACUCCAAGAUCAUUGAGCUUGACGAGGACGAUGGCUCCGUUGCGCCGCAGAACGCGGCCAUGAUUGCAGCAUACUACAACAUCUCCUACAUCACUAUGCAGACGUUCCUCUUGUCUCUGAGCGCCAAGACCAAACUCAAGGGCGUUUUGGAAAUUAUCACAUCGGCUACUGAAUUCGAAGCUAUCCAGAUCAGGAGGCACGAGGAGGGCAUUCUCCGCAGGAUCUACGACCGUAUUCCUGUCAAGAUGGCAGAGCCUGUGUAUGAUUCGGCCCAUUUCAAGGCCUUUGUCCUCCUGCAGGCGCAUUUCUCGCGAAUGCAGCUGCCGAUUGAUUUGGCCAAGGACCAAGAAGUCAUCAUUUCCAAGGUUCUCAGUCUCCUGAGUGCAACGGUUGAUAUUCUCUCAUCUGAUGGCCACAUCAACGCCAUGAACGCCAUGGAAAUGUCGCAGAUGGUUGUGCAGGCGAUGUGGGAUCGCGAUAGCCCCUUGAAGCAGAUUCCUCACUUUACACCUGAGGUUGUGAAGGUGGCAAACGAAUUUGGGUAUGUACCAAUUUAUGCAGUGCUGAUUUGCAAAACUAACGUCGAAUUUUCUCACAGUGUCAAGGAUAUCUUCGAUUUCAUGGAAGCCAUGAACCCCGAAGAGAACCCGGAUUACGCCAAAUUGGUCAAGCGUCUUGGUCUCUCGCAGAAGCAGUUGGGUGAGGCUGCCGCCUUCACCAAUGACAAAUACCCCGACAUUGAGCUUGAACACAGUGUCUUGGAUGAGGACGAUAUCAGAGCCAACGAGCCUGCGUACCUUAGUGUGCAGAUCCAACGACAAGUGGAGGAGGAUGAGGAGUUUGACCCGACUGUGCACGCACCGUUCUACCCAGCCAAGAAGUUGGAGAACUGGUGGCUUGUUGUAGGGGAGCAGACGACGAAGAACUUGCUUGCCAUUAAGCGUGUCACGAUCGGACGGGAGCUGAAGGUGAAGGUGGAGUUUACGGUGCCAACAGCUGUUACGUCGGAGUGGAUCAAGAGCGCGAAUUUUCCAUCACGGCUGCGGAGGGUAUGGACGUGGACGACAGCGAUGAGGAAGAGGACGAGGAAUAGACGGCUCGGCAGAUGGCAGAACCAUCUCGUCCGUACAAUAUCGCAAUUUCUUCGCCCUUAUCAGAAACCAUCUACAGGCGGCUCUUGUCCUCUUUCGACAGGGUUGAAUUGCCUGAAGACCGGUUGCGCAGACAGUGUGCGGUGCGACAGCAGUUGCGGUGGUGCCUCAGCGGCCAAGCGAACGUUCGGUGGGCUGGGCAUUGACCGGGCCACGUCCACGUUCCCUCUCACAGGCUCACGUGUCUCCGCCGUCAUCCGCGUCCAACUCCAAGAGUUUCUGCGUUCAUCUUUUUCCAGGCCAUUGCCUUUUUCUGCUACCACAACACGGGGAGCUCCCAAUCGCGCCCAUCAUCCUUCCUGCAGCCAGAUUAUCUUCUACCAUCGUCGCGACAACAAAAAAUCACGAACCGCGCGUAUCACGACGCGUGUUUCUUCCUUUGACCCAUCGCCAUUAGUCUUUGGCGUCGCGACUUGCCUAUUUACCCCAUCCAUACCCUUGCAACCCAGCUUCCAAGCUAUCGCCACAUCACCGACCAUGUCUGACGAGCCGACCACCAGCGGUCAAUCCGCGCCUGCCGCGACUGAGGAGGUGGAGAAGAAGGUUGAAGGAACCUCGCCUGCUGCUGAAGCUUCUGAGGCGCCCGCGACUGCUGCCAGCGACGCGAAACCAUCUGAGUCUGAGGCAGCUGCCAAGGAGACCACCGAGGAUGCGCAGAAGGACGACUCCAAAAACAAGGAUUCAGCUGAGACCAAAGACGCGGAAUCAUCCGGCAAGACAGACGAACAAUCCAAGGACGAGGACGUCGAGAUGAAGGACGUGACAGAUGGAGCUGAGGCGAAAGAGACAUCUGAUGCCGUUGCCAAUGAUGCUGAGCAAGCGCCAGCUGCUGACGCUGACGCCGCUGAUGCGACAGCUGAUAAGUCCAAGUCGCGUCGGAGAUCGUCCGGUAUUCCGGAACACAAGGGCAAAAAGCUUAGCAAGAAGGCAUCGAAGGCGAAGUUCUUCAACACCAAUGCGCAACCCGGCGAUCACUUCCUCGUCAAGCUCAAGGGAUACCCUCAAUGGCCCGUCAUUGUCUGCGACGAGGAAAUGCUCCCCGAGACCCUGCUCAAGAGCCGUCCCGUCACCGCGAAGCGUGCCGACGGCACGUAUCGCGAAGACUUUGCUGAUGGUGGCAAGCGUCAAAAUGACCGCACAUUCCCCGUCAUGUACCUCCGGACGAACGAAUUCGGUUGGGUACCAAACUCUGCUCUCCAAGAGCUGAACUCCGAAAAGGCGACCGAGCUCCUCACCGACAAAGUCAAGAAGGUCGAGUUGCGCGAUGCCUUCGAGCUCGCCAUCGAGCAACACCCCCUUGAUUACUACAAGGACGAGCUUCAGAAAUACCAAGAUGAAGUAGCUCAGAAGCAGGCCGCCAAGGAUGCCAGAGAGGCCGCAAAGAAGAACAAGAAGAAGACUCCUGCGGUCAUUUCGGACGAUGAUGUCGACAUGGCUGAUGCUGCGGACGAGGAGGAGGAGGUCCCCGAACCUAAGGAGAAGACCAAGUCCAAGAAGAGAAAGGCGGACGAAGAAGCCAUUAGCACCCCGGCACGGACUGAUUCUGCCAAGAAGCCUAAGAUCAAGCUGAACACAUCCUCCACUCCUAAGACGACAAACGGGACAGCUACACCAAAGUCGGCUAAAGAGUCAGCCGCUAAGCCUGCGAAGUCCAAAUCAGCCAAGAAGGAGGGUGCUGAGAAGAAGGCGGAGAAGGAAAAGGAGGUUCUCUUCUUGCGCCACAAACUUCAGAAGGGCUUGCUUACCAGAGACCAAGAGCCGAAGGAGGAAGAGAUGAAGAUGAUGUCAGACUACAUUACUAAGCUUGAGAGCUUCCCAGAUCUUGAGGUCUCGAUCAUUCGGGCGACCAAGAUCAACAAGGUCCUCAAGGCUAUUCUCAAGCUUGAUUCCAUCCCCAAAGAGGAGGAAUUCAACUUCAAGAGUCGUUCGCAGACGCUCCUUGACAAGUGGACCAAGAUUCUCAGUGGUGGUGAUGCCGCUGCUGCGUCCGCAACUCCGGCUCCCACCAAUGGUGUCAAUGGCACCUCCGGAAAGACUGAGGAGAAGAAGGAGACUUCUGCCACUCCUAACGGUGCUAAAGAGGAAAGCAAGGAAGCUGAAAAGUCCGAGGAUUCUGAGAAGCAGACCGAAAAGGAGGCAAGUGCGAAGAAGUCCGAGGAGCCUGAAAAGGCAGAAGAAAAGCCCGAAAAGGCCGAGAAGCCCGCUGAAGAGCCCAGUGAGAAGGAGGCAUCUGCGGCCCCGGAAACGGAUGAGGUUAAGUCUUAG